AUGACUGAUUUAUUCGAAUCGUAUGCAUCUGACUUUGCGCAGCUGCGUCAGUCAAUUGAGAAUCGACUUGCGGUGGAUUUUUCAAGCAUGUCGGCUGAAACGCGGCACUCUGCGUUGCGGCAUGCAGAUGCUGAGGCUGAGGAAGCAGGCGAACUAGUGUCACAAAUGGAGAUUGAGGUUCAGUCUUUUCCAUCAGCCGUGCGUGAUCGAUACGUGGCUGAGCUUCGUGCCCUCAAGCAUAGUCUGGAAAAGUUGCAGCAGGAUAUUUACCGUGACUCUGAUCUUGAAGCCAAUGAUGACGUGCAGCAGCGUCAACGCUUGCUUCGCGGCACUGACGUAUUAGAACGAGGUUCCCGGCGUCUUGCUGACUCUACGCGUCUAGCUAUGGAGACAGAGGAUAUUGGUGCCAAUAUCCUUCAGGACCUUCAGCGGCAACGCGAGCAGAUUGAGCACAGUCGCGACACGGUAUGUGCCAAGCUUGUCGCACCCAUCUCUAACUUUUGUUUUAGCUACAUGGAGCAGAUUCACACAUUGAUAGGUCGUCACGGACGUUGCAAGAAAUGA